AUGUUUUUGAACAAACUUUGCCCAAAUGAUGAAGAGGAAGAAGAUCCUACUACUGAGCAACUACCUCCUGUACACCCUAUGCACAAUUCUGAGCAACAAUGGGAUCAAAUGGCUCCUGUGUUAGGUAUGAAAUUCACUAAUCCUAGUGAACUCAAACAUUGUCUUACCAACUAUGUUGUUAAGUAUGGUUAUGAUUUGUGGUAUGAAAAGAAUGAUAAAUAUAGACUUCUAGUGAAGUGUUGCAAAGGUAAAGAACCUAUAUGUCCUUUUAGGUUAUGGGCUUCUUGGAUGCAAGAGGAAAGGACUUUUUAG